UUGACAGCGCAGCCAUCAUUAUUUUUCCGUACGUGGUUAUCUACUUCAUGUCGACGGAAUUAGACUUGAAUUUGCGGUGGUUUUAUAGCUAGAACUAACGUAGUGAAUCUUGCAAGGGGCGCGUUACCCAAAGAAUCUAAUGAGCUUCCCGCGAAGUGUUGUAAUAGUGUUCUUGUAGCGGCCAACUGAAGGGCGGAAGCCUAAAACCAAGCAAACGACGAGAAGAUGGGAAAAUCAAGAUCUCGCAGUCGAAGUCCCGUGAAAAGACAUCAUCACCAUCAUAAAAGCAAGCAUAAGCGGAAAAGCAAAUCGCAUGACCGCUCGGAAAGUCGCUCACAUUCUCAUAGCAAACAUCGUGAACGCGAUAGAAGUCGCGAACACAGUUCCAAAUCCAGGAGGAGAUCGAACUCAGUGUCGUCUACCAGCAGUAGUGCUUCAAGUUUACGUGAAAAUCGCCGACACAGGAAGAAGGCGCGUAGCAAAAAGCUGGAUGAAGUGGAACGAUUGGCCGAAAUGGAACGUCAACGGAGACAGAAGGAGGCCGAGCAAAAGAUAAUCGAAGAAGAAGCGGCCAAGCGAAUUGAACUGCUCGUUAAGCGUCGCGUAGAAGAGGAAUUGGAGAAACGCAAGGAAGAAAUCGAUUUGGAAGUGAAUCGUCGUGUUGAAGCGGCGAAGAAGCAAAUGGAACGCGAAAUGAUGCAAGAAUUGGAGAAGCGGCGCGAACAAAUUCGCGAAGAAGAACAAAAACGCGAGGAAGAAGAGCGGAAAAAGCGCGAAGAGCUUGAAUUAAUUUUGGCUGAAAAUAAUAGGAAAAUCGAAGAAGCACAAAAGAAACUGGCCGAGGAACGUUUAGCAAUCAUUGAAGAGCAACGACAAAUGGACGAAGAGCGUCAAAGAAUGCGUAAGGAACAAGAGAAGCGUGUAAAGGAAGAGCAAAAAAUGAUUUUAGGGAAAAAUAAUUCACGACCAAAACUUUCGUUUUCUUUGAAGCCAGGUGUUUCGUGAGCUUGCGCCUCGAGCGUGCUCCCGAAAAUGAAAACAGUUGCCCUGGCAUUCUCAUAUGAAUCGCUAUUAUUUGUAGCUUAAUUUUUUUAACAGAAAAAAUGAUAUUUUCCUUUUUAGGAUUUGUACCGAUUAAUAGAUUUUCCUAUUGUACAUAUACUUUUGUUCUCUGUGAAGAGCAGAAAAACUAGUGCUUGAAGAUGCGCUCGCUUUCUAGCGGCAGUGGCGUGAUGCAGUGUGAGUACACACUUAGACACCUCGCUCGGGGCAAACAUUCAAUCACUUUCAACCCACGCGUAGAAGUGGAACAUGGAAUCAACAACUCCCAACUAGGAUUCCGCACUUGAUGCGCUGAAAAAUGAAUGUUUGUUCUCUGGUAUCGAAUUAAUUGAAAUAAUUUCUACGUUUAAACAAUAUUAUGAAAUGGUUCGAUCAUUUUUACUUGCACGAUCGAUGCGUACUGGUUCGCGAAAUUAUUUACCGCGCUGAAUUGCACUAUACCUGCUCCUUCUCUUUAGUUUAAUUUAACCAAAUUAGUAAAAUAUUACUGAUUGAUCAAUGCUUUUUUGGACUGCUCGUAUUCUUCCAAGCAAUCGCAAAGAAAAUGAGUUUGAUAUCAGGAUGCGGUUGACGCAUAUCUGUGUGUAAGAGGAGCGUAGAUAAUAAGGAUAUUUUAUUUCAUUUAAUUACAAUUAUAAUAGUUCUUAGCCAAUAAGUUAUUUUUUAUCUAAAUAAAAUAAUCAUCGAUAAGAGUAA